GGUGGCCGCGGGGUCGGAGGUUGUGGUGGGUCCCGGGCCCGCCAUGGAGCUGGGGGACAGCUUCAGGAGCUAUGAGGACUUCAGGGAGCGCUUCCGCGCCUACAAGCUGGCGCAGGGGUGCCGCUACAGCCUGCGGAGCUGCGUCUCCGUCCGCUGCCACAACCGGCAGCACGGCACCGCCGUCCGCCAGGAUGUCAUGUUCAUGCAGGUGAAGUUUGGUUGUGCACAGAUGCAAAAAUACAGCAAGAAGAGAAAGCAGCAGCCCAGCUUGUGUCCGGCUUAUUUCGUGUUACAAUAUAAGGAGGACAUAGACCGGCUUGUGAUCAGUGAACUGAACAGCAACCAUGUCCACACGGACCUGGUGUUUUCCCUGACCAGUGCCACUGCUGCGACAACAAACACCACAGCAUGCGACGGCCCCACAACAAAACUGUGUAAGGAGCAGCAGGCGGGUGGGACCGACAGCAGUGCUGUGGCAAAUGAGGACUCGCACACAGUCACGGGACAACCGGUGGACGGGGUGACUGCUCCGUACAAGGCUCCUGUGCUCCCUGAGGCAGCGAAGGAAAAUGCCUCGGCCUCAACACUUGUCAGGGUGGCUGAGGUGAUGAAAACCUUCCUGAGGGUGGACAGGGGCUCGCUGGCCUCAAUUAGUGCAGACAGCGACCACGGCUUGGACAGACUCAGCUUCCAGAGCAGCAAGAUGAAGAGCUUGUUCAUGCAGUUUCCCAAGAGCUUCCUGCUGCACAGGGCGCUGAGCAAGGGGGGACAUGUUCUCUACGCUUUCGUUGUAGAGAGUAAGGAGCGAGUGGGGAAAGUGGUACACUUGUCACUGCUGAAGGAUGACACAGGACACAGUGUCAGGAAAAUGCUGACUGUCUUCAAGGAGUUCAACCCUGAGUGGCAGAAGGUCCAGGCUGUUUUCAUGGACGUGUCCUUUUUUCACAAAGCCAUACUCCAGGAGCUCUUUCCCUCUGCCCAGGUCCUCCUUUCAGUCUAUCACAUGGUCCGACUGCUUGAAAAUAAUGUGAAGGAAGCUGAAAUCUCCUCUUCCUUCAAGCAGGACUUGAUGUUGGCCUUGCAGAAGGCCGUGUUUAGCCCUUCGGCUGCAAGUAUGGAUGCCCUGUCCCAGCUGGUGAAGUGUGUGGUCAGCCCAGAGCUGUAUGACUAUCUGCGAGCCAACUGGUUCUCCUGUGAGCUGCUGUGGUGCGCGCAUGCACGGAAAGGUCCACACUCCUGCAGCACACACAUGGACAGCCUGGACCUCAUCACGCACCAAAUAUCCAGACUCUUUGGCCAGCAGCUGUCCUUGGAGGCGAGUGCUCUUUGUUUUAUGGAGUGUGUGGACUGCCUUGAUUCCAGAGGCUUGGAAAGCCUGAAUGGGAGUUUCUCAAGCACCGAGGACGGUGGGGGCAGCCUCUGGGAGAAGCUCAAUGCGUGCACCAAUACUGCAGCAGAACCAAGCACCGUUUCUGGUUCUCCAUCUCUUGCUGAGCCCACCGGGCAGGCUGCCGUGGCGGAGACAGGCUGCCUGCUGGCCAUGCUCCGGGAGAGCUGUACGGAGCUGGGCUACUGGCUGUGCCUGAAGGAGUGGGAGGUGGUGCAGAGGUCGGCCCAGCUGCUCAGCCCCACACCGGGCGGUCUCACCGUUCAGCUGCUGGAAGACACGCACCGGGUGAGCCGGGACUGUCGGAGCUGCACCUGCGGCUUCCACCGCCGCUACCGCCUCCCCUGCAGGCAUGUCCUGGCCGUGCUACAGGUGCACCGGGGGCGUGUGGAGGAAGACAUGGUGUCCAGACGCUGGCAGAGGAGGUACCAGCAGCUCCCGGUCCCUGGUGCCAGCCACUUGGGCUGCGGCGGGGGCUCGGCAGGCGGGUUGUCGGAGGGCAGAGGGGAGAGAAUCCAGUCCCUCAGCCUCGAGCUGGCCAACCUGCUGAUGCAGUGCGACGGGGAGGAGCUGGAGAAGCGGAGCUCGGCGCUGGACGCUAUCCUGGCUGCCUGGGCUCGGUUACCGGGGGAAGCGGCCGGGAAGGAGCGGGUGUUCCCGCACUGCUCCGGGUAA